CACAUGCCCUUCGAGAAACGACCUGGGGACACCUCGGACCCGGUUUCGCCGAAGCCAAAGCGGUCGUAUGACGACCCCGAGGACCGGCGACGCGGGACUUUGAAGCAGGUGCACCUGAACCACAGCAAGAUCCGGACGAAAUUGCAGUUCGCUUGCCGGAGUGAACUCGCUUGCAGAAGUGUCCUGAGUAAAAACAUCCCCACACCAGAGUCAGGAUGGGGACUUUGCAAUACAAACCUAGAACUUUUGGGGGUCACGCAUCACAAGUUGCAGUCCGUAGUGUAGUGCAGGCUCGCAAGGCCAGCUGCAUCAGAAAUCCAUCUGCUCAUCCUGUUCACAGCAUUACAAAUUCCAAAACACGACUAAAAAUGCUUCUCCUGGCGAUGCGCAUUACAAAUGUUCCUGUGCUUGCAAAUCUGCAUGACAACUCUGGUGUGGGGACAUUUUUCCUCAGGAUACGAAACUGGUAUGAGGACUUGCAGCAACGGGUAGACUUGCACAAGACAAGCAAUGAGAGAUAUCAAACGCAAAAAUGUCUGGAUCUGAAAAUAUGCAACUUGUGAUGCCGCGUCUGCAUUAUCUAAAAAUCUGUAUUGCACGAACAGCAAAAGAGGUCUGGUUUUGGCCACGGCGAGAGGGCAUUAUUUCUCAUGCGGUAUACGCAACACCAACAUCAGAAAGCCCUCACAAGAUCUGUGAUGCUAGGGCAUGCAUUGCAGACAUCAGGAGUCACGCAAAAUGUGCAUGACAAACCUUGCAUCCUUCCAGACCCAGACACUUUUGCAUUUGAUAAGAGAGCACAGGGAGGAAGUAGAGCACUGGCCAGGAAGAGCCCACCGGCCGACGCGAGUCCAGCAGCCGGUCUUGCAGGAGAGCAGGAGCAACCGGAGGAAACGGCACAAGCGGCCUUGGGGCGUGAAGUUUCCAGCGAUUUUGCUGCCACUGCGCGACUUCAGAACAGGUACUUUCCCUGGAUCCCUAUUGAAACCCACUUGCGGCCGCCAAUUAAGGUCUGGAGCUUGGAGAGACGAGGGGAUCAUGAUCGGCAAGUCGAUUUCGAAAAAAAAAUUCCUUGGCUUUCCGUUUUGGAUCUGGAGAACAAAAUCGAUGGGGGCAAACGAAAAGACUUUGUUGAAGACGAAAGAACCAACCGAUCUUCCGACGGAGCGGGAGGUUACCGUGCGCUCAUCUCAAAUUCUUUCCUGCACAUGCAGUCCAGCGUGCGGGUGAAAAUACAGCGGCAAAGCAGAGCAACUCUAUCGAAAGGAAAAAUCCCCCCUCCCCAUAUCAAAACGGAAUUUCUGAUGCUGGAUUUGUGUACACAAAUCAGCUUUGUAUUGCAGAGAGGCAUUGCGGCCAGAUCCCCAGGGAAGGACGGGGCGCAUGGGUCUAGUUUUUCAGCAUGGCAAACGGCUCCCCUUUAGGCCCAACAGCAUGACAAAUCGCUUCCCUCAUGGGGCGGAAGCUUCUGCCCUUGUCUUCUUGCGUCGACAAAUGCGAUUUGUGACCGCAAAGCAGCAACACAAAUUUGCGGAAGCGUAGCUUUUCAUUCAAUAAUAUGGGGAGGGGGGAUUUUUCCUUAUCAUAAAGUCUUUGGGAUAUUUUCUCAUCUGAUGGUAGCUUUAGCUACGCGGUCUUGAUCGGUGACACUUUGGCCAUCGCUGCUGACCUAUUCCACAGAAAAAAGCAGGCGGGCCACAUUUGUAAUGCGAAAAUACAUACUCAGAAAGGUCUGUCAUGGGCGGACCCAUCGCGUGCUGUUUUUUAGGAUAUGCAGUACAGAUUUUUUUGCGUGUUCGCUUUUGCAUUACAAACUAAGGCCAUGGCGCGGGGACAGAGUCCCCGCGCUGCGACCUUGCGGCGAAGAAGAGCCGCACGCGGUCGCUUUUCUUGCCCAUGAUGCGGAGGGUUUUUCUUUGUUUGAGACAGACAGGGGCGGGUCUGGCGCCCGUGGAGUCGGCGCCGCGCCCCAUGGGGUCUGGCGCCCGUGGAGUCGGCGCCGCGCCCCAUGGGGGCGGUCAGGUGGAAAACGCCCGGGCGGUCCCGGCCUCUAAAGUCCUUCUAAUAAAUUUUCCCGGUUUUGCUGUAAAGAAGACGCAAGACUGUCGAGGAGAUUGGAGGCCGUCCAGGGGGGUCGAGGAGAUUCGAGCCUGACAAGGAGACUCGAGGCCGUCAAGGAGAUUCGAGGCUGUCAAGGAGAUUGGAGGCUGUCAAGGAGAUGCAAGACUGUCAAGGAGAUUCGAGGCUGUCAAGGAGAUUGGAGGCUGUCAAGGAGAUUCGAGGCUGUCAAGGAGAUUGGAAGCUGUCAAGGAGAUGCAAGAUUGUCAAGGAGAUUCGGCGCUGUCAAGGAGAUGCAAGACUGUCAAGGAGAUUGGAGGCUGUCAAGGAGAUUCGAGGCUGUCAAGGAGAUUGGAGGCUGUCAAGGAGAUUCGAGGCUGUCAAGGAGAUUGGAGGCUGUCAAGGAGAUUCGAGGCUGUCAAGGAGAUUGGAGGCUGUCAAGGAGAUUCGAGGCUGUCAAGGAGAUUGGAGGCUGUCAAGGAGAUUCGAGGCUGUCAAGGAGAUUGGAGGCUGUCAAGGAGAUUCGAGGCUGUCAAGGAGAUUGGAGGCUGUCAAGGAGAUUCGAGGCUGUCAAGGAGAUUGGAGGCUGUCAAGGAGAUUCGAGGCUGUCAAGGAGAUUGGAGGCUGUCAAGGAGAUUCGAGGCUGUCAAGGAGAUUGGAGGCUGUCAAGGAGAUUCGAGGCUGUCAAGGAGAUUGGAGGCUGUCAAGGAGAUUCGAGGCUGUCAAGGAGAUUGGAGGCUGUCAAGGAGAUUCGAGGCUGUCAAGGAGAUUGGAGGCUGUCAAGGAGAUUCGAGGCUGUCAAGGAGAUUGGAGGCUGUCAAGGAGAUUCGAGGCUGUCAAGGAGAUUGGAGGCUGUCAAGGAGAUUCGAGGCUGUCAAGGAGAUUGGAGGCUGUCAAGGAGAUUCGAGGCUGUCAAGGAGAUUGGAGGCUGUCAAGGAGAUUCGAGGCUGUCAAGGAGAUUGGAGGCUGUCAAGGAGAUUCGAGGCUGUCAAGGAGAUUGGAGGCUGUCAAGGAGAUUCGAGGCUGUCAAGGAGAUUGGAGGCUGUCAAGGAGAUUCGAGGCUGUCAAGGAGAUUGGAGGCUGUCAAGGAGAUUCGAGGCUGUCAAGGAGAUUGGAGGCUGUCAAGGAGAUUCGAGGCUGUCAAGGAGAUUGGAGGCUGUCAAGGAGAUUCGAGGCUGUCAAGGAGAUUGGAGGCUGUCAAGGAGAUUCGAGGCUGUCAAGGAGAUUGGAGGCUGUCAAGGAGAUUCGAGGCUGUCAAGGAGAUUGGAGGCUGUCAAGGAGAUUCGAGGCUGUCAAGGAGAUUGGAGGCUGUCAAGGAGAUUCGAGGCUGUCAAGGAGAUUGGAGGCUGUCAAGGAGAUUCGAGGCUGUCAAGGAGAUUGGAGGCUGUCAAGGAGAUUCGAGGCUGUCAAGGAGAUUGGAGGCUGUCAAGGAGAUUCGAGGCUGUCAAGGAGAUUGGAGGCUGUCAAGGAGAUUCGAGGCUGUCAAGGAGAUUGGAGGCUGUCAAGGAGAUUCGAGGCUGUCAAGGAGAUUGGAGGCUGUCAAGGAGAUUCGAGGCUGUCAAGGAGAUUGGAGGCUGUCAAGGAGAUUCGAGGCUGUCAAGGAGAUUGGAGGCUGUCAAGGAGAUUCGAGGCUGUCAAGGAGAUUGGAGGCUGUCAAGGAGAUUCGAGGCUGUCAAGGAGAUUGGAGGCUGUCAAGGAGAUUCGAGGCUGUCAAGGAGAUUGGAGGCUGUCAAGGAGAUUCGAGGCUGUCAAGGAGAUUGGAGGCUGUCAAGGAGAUUCGAGGCUGUCAAGGAGAUUGGAGGCUGUCAAGGAGAUUCGAGGCUGUCAAGGAGAUUGGAGGCUGUCAAGGAGAUUCGAGGCUGUCAAGGAGAUUGGAGGCUGUCAAGGAGAUUCGAGGCUGUCAAGGAGAUUGGAGGCUGUCAAGGAGAUUCGAGGCUGUCAAGGAGAUUGGAGGCUGUCAAGGAGAUUCGAGGCUGUCAAGGAGAUUGGAGGCUGUCAAGGAGAUUCGAGGCUGUCAAGGAGAUUGGAGGCUGUCAAGGAGAUUCGAGGCUGUCAAGGAGAUUGGAGGCUGUCAAGGAGAUUCGAGGCUGUCAAGGAGAUUGGAGGCUGUCAAGGAGAUUCGAGGCUGUCAAGGAGAUUGGAGGCUGUCAAGGAGAUUCGAGGCUGUCAAGGAGAUUGGAGGCUGUCAAGGAGAUUCGAGGCUGUCAAGGAGAUUGGAGGCUGUCAAGGAGAUUCGAGGCUGUCAAGGAGAUUGGAGGCUGUCAAGGAGAUUCGAGGCUGUCAAGGAGAUUGGAGGCUGUCAAGGAGAUUCGAGGCUGUCAAGGAGAUUGGAGGCUGUCAAGGAGAUUCGAGGCUGUCAAGGAGAUUGGAGGCUGUCAAGGAGAUUCGAGGCUGUCAAGGAGAUUGGAGGCUGUCAAGGAGAUUCGAGGCUGUCAAGGAGAUUGGAGGCUGUCAAGGAGAUUCGAGGCUGUCAAGGAGAUUGGAGGCUGUCAAGGAGAUUCGAGGCUGUCAAGGAGAUUGGAGGCUGUCAAGGAGAUUCGAGGCUGUCAAGGAGAUUGGAGGCUGUCAAGGAGAUUCGAGGCUGUCAAGGAGAUUGGAGGCUGUCAAGGAGAUUCGAGGCUGUCAAGGAGAUUGGAGGCUGUCAAGGAGAUUCGAGGCUGUCAAGGAGAUUGGAGGCUGUCAAGGAGAUUCGAGGCUGUCAAGGAGAUUGGAGGCUGUCAAGGAGAUUCGAGGCUGUCAAGGAGAUUGGAGGCUGUCAAGGAGAUUCGAGGCUGUCAAGGAGGUUGGAGGCUGUCAAGGAGAUUCGAGGCUGUCAAGGAGAUUGGAGGCUGUCAAGGAGAUGCAAGACUGUCAAGGAGAUUGGAGGCUGUCAAGGAGAUUCGAGGCUGUCAAGGAGAUUGGAGGCUGUCAAGGAGAUUCGAGGCUGUCAAGGAGAUUGGAGGCUGUCAAGGAGAUUCGAGGCUGUCAAGGAGAUUGGAGGCUGUCAAGGAGAUUCGAGGCUGUCAAGGAGAUUGGAGGCUGUCAAGGAGAUUCGAGGCUGUCAAGGAGAUUGGAGGCUGUCAAGGAGAUUCGAGGCUGUCAAGGAGAUUGGAGGCUGUCAAGGAGAUUCGAGGCUGUCAAGGAGAUUGGAGGCUGUCAAGGAGAUUCGAGGCUGUCAAGGAGAUUGGAGGCUGUCAAGGAGAUUCGAGGCUGUCAAGGAGAUUGGAGGCUGUCAAGGAGAUUCGAGGCUGUCAAGGAGAUUGGAGGCUGUCAAGGAGAUUCGAGGCUGUCAAGGAGAUUGGAGGCUGUCAAGGAGAUUCGAGGCUGUCAAGGAGAUUGGAGGCUGUCAAGGAGAUUCGAGGCUGUCAAGGAGAUUGGAGGCUGUCAAGGAGAUGCAAGACUGUCAAGGAGAUGCAAGACUGUCAAGGAGAUUCGAGGCUGUCAAGGAGAUUGGAGGCUGUCAAGGAGAUGCAAGACUGUCAAGGAGAUUGGAGGCUGUCAAGGAGAUUCGAGGCUGUCAAGGAGAUUGGAGGCUGUCAAGGAGAUUCGAGGCUGUCAAGGAGAUUCGAGGCUGUCAAGGAGAUCCGACGGCCGUAGGCUAGGCCGGAGCCCACAGGCGGGCGGGGGGGCCUUGCUCGCAGCCGCCCCCCGCCCCGUGUUGCCUCUGUUUUGCGACGUAGCCCGCAGCCCGCACGAAGGCAAGCCCUCUGGCUCUGGCCUUGCUCCUUGCCUUAUUUAGGUCGCCCCGCCCCGUGGUUUUUAGUUGCCUUGCCUUGGCGGCGGAGUCAGGGCGCGCGCGGGCAGGUUUUCUGGCUCUGGCCUUGCUCCUCGCCGCCGGUCGCCCCGCCCCUUGUUUGAAUGAUUGUUGCCCUUGUUUGGCGGGAUAGCCAGGUCAAGCGAGGGUAGGCUACGCCCCGUCGGCUACGGCUUUGUUGGCUACGGCUUCGCUUUGUUGGCUACGCUCCGUAGGCUACGCCCCGCCAAUAGGCUACGGCCCUGUAGGCUGGCUGUGUGCGCCCCGCAUUUGGCUCGCUACGCGGCCCUGAAGGCUCCGCGCCUUCCGGCAGUCGUGCUCGGGGUCGGGCCUGGCUGACUCUUGAAAAGCGGCACCCGGGGUCGGGUGUAUCCUUUCCGGAGUCAGGAGGGGUGUAUGUUUUGGGGUGCGCAGGAGGAAGGUUUGUGCCGAUUCAGGUCGUGUCUGAUGUGAUACCCCAGAACAGGGGUCAGAACAUACCCCAGAACACACCCCAAAACACACCCCAGACCACACCCCGGAUGCCACUUUCCGACAGUCAGGUCCGGGGUCGGGCCCGACUCUCGAAAAGUGACCCUCCGGGGUCGGGUGUCACUUUUGCGGAGGCGGUUCCGGGGUAUGUUUUGGAGGGUGCAGGACGUUUUUGCCGAGUUAGCUCGUGUUUCAAACACGGAGCAGGGGUCGGAACAGACCCCGGAACACCCCCCAAGUGAUCACUUUUGGGCAGUUGCUGCAGUUCAAAUAGUAAUCUAACCUGCCUGUGUUUUUCCGUGUGAUAUGACCAGUUAAAAUGGACGAACGAGGACCAUG